AUGGCUACCGUCAGCGGUUUGUCAGCAGCAGCGUCAUUGUCGCCUCCCGAUUCCCUCGAUGGCACCGGCGGUUUCUCCUCCUUGCUUUCCCUCCAUCCAUCCACCACUAAUGUUACUUCCUUCCUCACCGCCGCGUCUUCCGCCGCGACUUCCGGCGCCAAUCUCUCCGAAACCGACACCGCGAUGGCCGCAACUGGCGCCGCCUCGCGCGGCAAUUCCGCCGAACUUUUCUCAUCCGUCGCAUUCUCUCCCUUUCCGACCGUCUCCUCCGCAAUUCUCGGCACGUCUGCGCCGCCGCCGCAGCCGGCGCCGCCUUCACAAUUCGUAGAUUCGUUCUGCAAGCCGCAGUUCAACGGAUCAUGGGAGUCGAUCACGAACGAGCUAGGCGCUUUCACGCCCUGCUUCAUCGACAUUGUCGUACUCGGUACAGCGUACCUCGCUAUGAUUCUUCUAGCCGUGCUGCGGCUGUACGUUCUCUACACCACCCCGCGCGCGCAGCAGCGGGCGGUUGCGCCCGGGUGGCGCGGGGAGCGGGGGAUCGUGGCGGCUGCCGCGCUGGCGCUGACGUGUGCGGUGGUUCCGCUGAUGCAGCUGAGCGCUCGCGUGUCACUGAGCUCCUUCUCCACAGAUGCGGAUCUACCGCCUUAUGAGGUCUGCUCCUUGAUCCUGGCGUUCCUCGCCUGGGCGCUCACAGCAACGGCUCUCUUCUGGGAGCGAAGGCGCAUGGCAGUGAAGGGUGCAUGGCUGCUGCGAUUUGCAGUGCUCUACGUGAUGGUGGGGCAGCUGGCGAAGUUGAGAUUCGUGCUCAUUCUGCAGCAGGACUUCCAGGCUUUCUUUGUGGAGCUCUUCUUUGGCUACACAUCAGCUCACGUCCUCCUGGGUCUGCUAGCGCUCUUCUUCUUCCCCAACCUGCUCCCGCUUGAGCGUGCCUCGUCGGGAUUCUCCUCCUCCGCCCUCGCAGCUGCAGAGGCAGCAGCGCCACUCCUGCCACCUGCAGCAGCAGCAGGAGAAGCAGCAGGGGCAGCAGGGAGUGGUGGUGGUGCGGGGUAUGUGCCUUUGGCUGCAGGGCCUGUGGGUGGGGCGGAAGGAGAAGCAGCGGAGGAGGGAGGAGACACCCAGGGGCAGGUGUGCCCUGAAGACCACACCAGCUUCAUCAACCGUCUGACGUUUGGGUGGAUGACACCUCUCAUGGCUUUGGGGUACCGGCGCCCGAUAGAGGACAGCGAUGUGUGGCGGCUGAAUGAUGGCGACCGCACUGCCACGGUGUAUGGCAGGUUUGAGCGCGAGUGGAGGGAAGAAAAGGCGCGGCCUAAGCCGUGGCUGCUGCGCGCCCUGCACUCCUGCUUUGGCCGCAGGUUCUGGUGGGGUGGGUUCUGCAAGAUUGGCAACGACGCCUCUCAGUUUGUGGGACCGCUGAUGCUCAGCCGCCUGCUGUCAGCCAUGCAAUCAGACGAGCCUGCAUGGCACGGCUACAUCUAUGCCACCAUCAUAUUUCUUGGACUGGUGGGAGGGGUCAUCUGUGAGGCGCAGUAUUUCCAGAGUGUGAUGCGCGUGGGCUUCCAGCUGCGGCAAGCCAUGGUGGCAGCAGUGUUCAGCAAGUCACUGCGGCUGAGUCACAGUGGGCGGCAGGGCUUCAGCACGGGGCGCAUCACCAACAUGAUGACCAACGACGCCGAGUCGCUGCAGAUGGUGUGUCAGCAGCUGCACGGUCUCUGGUCCGCUCCUCUCCGCAUCCUCGUGUGUGUCUUCCUGCUUUACCAGCAGCUAGGGGUGGCAUCACUCCUCGGGCUGCUCAUGCUGCUCCUCAUGAUCCCCGCGCAGGCGGUGAUAGUGAAUAGGGUACAGAAGCUGGUGAAGGCAUCACUGCAGCGCAGCGACAAGCGAGUGGCGCUCAUGAGCGAGGUGCUGGCAGCCAUGGACGUCGUCAAGUCGUACACGUGGGAGGAGAGCUUUCAGAGCAAGGUGGCACGCGUUCGAGCGGACGAGAUGGGGCAGAUCUCCAAGGCGCAAUACAUCAUGGCGAUCAAUUUCCUGCUGAUGAGUGUGGUGCCGGUGCUAGUGACGGUGGUGUCGUUCGGCUGCUACUCGCUGUUAGGCCACCAGCUCACAGCCGCCAAGGCCUUCACCUCCAUCUCCCUCUUCGCUGUGUUGCGCUUCCCCCUCUACAUGUUCCCCAACCUCAUCACCCAGUCAAUCGUCUUCGCUCCAUUUCUCCUCGUCGGGCCGCCGCACGUCGCUCUGCAGCUUCUCGUCGAGCCGCCGCCCGUCGCCCUGCAGCUUCUCGUCGGGCCGCUGCCCAUCGCCCUGCAUCUUCUCGUCGGGCUGCCGCCCGUCGCCCCGCAACGACACUUUGCAGCUGAACAGGUGCAGCUGCGCAGCUGA